AAAGAGGAAAAGAGAGGUUGCCACUGAGGAAGAGGAAGAGAACGAGGAUAAUGAGGAGGGGGAGGACGAUAAUGAGGAUAAGGGAGUGGAAGAAGAUGAGACGGAGAUAGGCGCAGGAGUAGGUGCGGAAGUGAAUGAGGGCCAGGAAUGCUGGAAGAAGGGGGACAACUGCCAGUAUCAAAGACAAGAGCUCACCGAUGAGUCACAGAGGGAGAUGUCACCGAUUGAACUGCAGAGAUCAACUGAUCUGGACGAGAAUGAUGAGGAUGGACCAGAGUUUGAAGUUGAGUAUGUUGUAGAUGAUCGGCUGCAGUUUGAUAGGACGGGGGUAGUGGAAUAUCUGGUCAAGUGGAAGCAUUAUAGUGAUGGAAGGAACUCAUGGGUCCCAGAAUCUUCUAGUAAUUGUCAACAAGCCAUUGACGAAUAUUGGGCUGCACCUGCAGAAUCCAACCAGGACCAGCAUUGCGGACUCAAGCUGGCUAAAACGGGGCAGCAAUACAAAGAUUUAUGUGCUUUUAUUGCUGAGGAAAGUAUGGAUCGCCAGGCAUCAGCUGUGGAGGAUGCCAUCAAACGUCUUUCCAUUGGCCAGUCGCUUCAACCCAUUAAUAGUCAAAAUGCGUUAGAGGCCAUCCAAGCUCAAUUCCUCAAGGAUGAUAAAUCGGACACUAUAAGCGGGAGGGAAUGGAAUGCCGUCAAUGCUCCUACCAUGAUUGACCAAAUCACACACGCAGCUAAAAUCCUUCCCACUCUAGUAAAUCAUGGAGACAGCCUCGAUCUUACCAAUCGUGCCAUGUCCUGGCAAUUUUGCCGAUGCAUUAUUCUCCUAUACUGCUGGACAACCCGAACUCUGCCUCUUUUAACACGGGACCUUCUUCACAUGUUGAAAAAUGACGGUGAAGAUGCUUUGAAACAGACCUCGCCAGUAUUUGCUCCACUUCUUAUUCGCACUUUGGCCUAUGUCCAAGCAGUUCAUGCAACAAAACGGAAGAUGAAGAAACCUCUGAAGAAGGCAAAGAAGGCCCGCCAAAGUAAUGAAGAAACUGCAGAGUUAGUAAAGGCGGCUGAGGUAGAGAGUUUGCGACAAGUCCCAUCUCACCUCAUUGGCGCACAAAUUGCUCGGGACGGCGGUUCAACUAAACUACUACCCAAGUUAAACUCCCGCAAUAUAGGCUCUGCUAGCAAUAGCAAGCAUCUGGCUGCUGAGCAUUGCUUCGUCAAUUUCCUGUAUCAGGAAUUAAUCAAGCCCAAGGUGGACGCUGUGGAUACUUAUUUCAAUGGAGGGAAGAAGUAUUCAAAUGAUGCGGACAUCAUGAAGAGUCGAUUCCUUGCGAGGGGAAGUUUGUUAAUUGCGGUGUUGAAAAUGUGUAACUGGGAUGAUGGGAUCCUAGCGUGUCAGCAGUGGAAGGACCUGCUGAGCAAUCCAAGGCAUCUGUUCCAAGCUAAUUACAGGUUAAAGGACCGGGAUAUAACUGCACGAGUCAAAAAGGACCCUGACGGAUUAUUUGCCUUGCUGGAACCUUGCCUUAAGGAGCGUUUCACAGGUCCAGUUUUAGAUAGCAUCAAGAUCAUCGGAGACGGAGUAUGGACCUUCCUAGAGCAAGUCAACCUCAAAUCUUGCAAGGGUUUCUCUCGUCGCAAUCCCUACCAACUUCUGGCAGCUAGGCCAUCUGCAAACAGGUUGAAGCAGGUGCAGACAGAGGGACCCAUCACACCUCGCAGUCUAGUUCCAGAUGCAUGCAACGCCUUUGGGCAGAUAGGACUCAUGCUGAGGGAAGCACUUAAUACCAAACGAGGGCUGGCGGUGGGAGACGUCUACAUCCGCAGAGUCAUGCAAGGUUUGCGACCGUCCCUAGGAGAGGUGGCCUUGAAUGAGGAUCUGGACCAAUUCGACAUCAUUCGGUUUGACAACCGGUACUCUAGCCUACUUCGGUCAUCAUUCACUCCACAAAACCUCACAACGGCUGCUGGAGUGUCCAGCCUACUUGCUUAUAUGAGCGCUGGAUUGGGGUAUAUGACCCGCGAUUUUCUGAAUUCAAAUCCUAUGCUUUUCCAGACCCUUGAAGAUUGUGUCGCAACCUUCAGGCAGGCGGUUGAAAAUAGCGUUGAAUGCUUCAAUCUCAAAAUUUGGGGCCGGCCUUGUGCUCAUAUGGCUCUUAUUGGGGGACCGAAGAAGCGCAUCACAUUGGACGAUAAAUUCGAGGAGUACUUUGACAAAGAUGUUCAAGACUCUUGGCUACAACUCCUGGGCGACCUGGCUGGAAAUAACCCAGAGACCUAUGAAGGGCAGAAGCCCAAAUACGGCGAUAUCAAGCGUUGGUUAAACACAAUCAAAUUAACGUGCUUUAGCUCCGGUCUUACUCCCCUUCAAUUCUGCAAUAAUGCAGUCGAUUUGAAGAUUUGCGAUCCGCCUGGAGUGGAGGAGAUGGCAGCAUGGGUUGGUGAGAAUCGGCACCUAGGAGCCGGGGGCGGGUUGCAAGCGCUGGGUUUCCAGGUGGAUUUGAGAAAAAGUUUAGAAGCCGCCUUCGAAGUGGUAUACCGGCACCUUGAGCAACAUCUCCAUGAGGAAGACAAGGCGGUGGCCCGCUUCUCUCGGCAAUUUGAACUCAAGGAUGGGACUCUGUCCGAGCGGGGGUCUACCGCCAUGCAGAACCAAGCAGGCAGUUGGGAGAAAGGAGCUAAUAUUGGAGACAGAUCAGGAAAGCUCUAUCCUAUCCCCCUCGCAGUAGAUGAGAGCGUGGUGACACAAGUUGUGGAAGGCCUGAAGUCCCGGGGAUGA